AUGGGACUUGUCAUGAGGAAAGCACCAGUACUGAAACCAGAAGUUCAACAACUAUUUCCUCUGACACCAUUUAUUCUGACAAUGUUUCUUUUGGUUCUUACCAGAGAUGACAAAUAUUUAAUCACCUGUGAUAGAGAUGAGAAGAUACGUGUUAGCUGUUAUCCUAACUCAUACAAUAUCCAUUCAUUUUGCCUUGGAAAUUUAGAUUUUGUUAGUUGUUUAGCCCUCCUAACAGCAGGUGGCCAAGGAACUCUUGCUUCAGGUGGCGGGGAUGGGUUUGUGCGAUUUUGGAACCCUGAAUCAGGCAAGCAGAUUACUGCAAAGAUGAUUGAUAACUCAACAGAUAGCACCAAGGUUGAAGAUCAAAAGGAAGACUUGAUGUGUAGCCCAAUUAUAUCAUGUUUAGCUUGCUGUCACAAACAUUCUGUGGUGUGUAUUCUAGCCGAAAGGUGCAGAACAAUCCAUUUAUAUCAUGUAAGUGAGAGAGAGGUUACUUCCCUCCCCUCCUUAGAGACGAAUGAACCCCCCUGGAGUGCAGUAUUUGACCCUGCGGGCAGACUUUGGUGUAUACAGCCCUACCCUGAAGAGCCUGUUUUGGUGUUUGAGCCCAGAGGAGAUUCGCCCAACUUAACGUAUGCCAAACUUUCGUCUGACUUCUCGCCGGUUUUCUCAUCAGCUAGUGAUUGGAACUUUUUGAAAGGUUCCUUACAUCGGGAACGAAAACUAGAGACACUGAGAAAAAAAGAGGUGGACAAUAUAUCGGAAUACCUGACGAGAAAAGAGGACCGAAUAGGCAAGAAAAAGAACAAAAACAAGGAACCAGACAAUGGUCAUACAGCAAUGGACGACUCCAGUCUUGAAAAAACAGAAGAAAACGAAGCGAAGAGACCAAAGCUCGAACUAACCAGUUGAAGUGACCAGGCGAACAAGGUUGAGACUCUUGCCAAAGGCAAUGAUGAAAUCAAGUUUAACAGCCGAAUAACAAAGGCCACUGCAGAAUGCGUCGCUGUUUCUGUUUUGAGCAAUUUUUGUUAUCGUUCUAUGAAUAAUUGGCAAGGAAACUGGUUCGUCUCUUCCAUCAGUAAUGUUGAAUCAAAAAAUACACGCUGUUUGUCAUUGGUGAACAAGACACCAGGAGAUGACAAUGUUUUACCUGUGAAGUGUUGUACUUGGUUCUAGUGCUUGGAUCAUCUUGGCGGUGAGACAGGAACAUACCAACACUGGACUUCAAAGGCUCAAUAAAAGAAAGAUAAUUAAAAUCUUAUAACUUUA